AUCUUUCCUGCUUUGCCCACUCUCUGCAGUUAGUUGUGAAUGACGGCAUGAAGGAGGUAAGGGCCAUUUCCCGCUCCAUAGCCAAAACAUCACGGUUCACAACGCUGUUACAUAGCAGCUCACAAUUUAAAGAAAAUUUUGAGGCUAUGUUUGACUCUAAUAAGACCAUUCCAGCAGCAAACACCACUCGCUGGAACAGCACGUUCAAACAGGUACAGGCCCUCACAGCUCUGGACCACAAAUCUCUAAAUGAAAUGUGCAGUAAGGACUAUGAGAAUGUGAUGUUUAGUGCUCGUGAGUGGAACCAGCUGAAGGAACCGAGUGCAGCUCUUGCUCCAUUCUCUGAGGCAACAGACCAGACAGAAGGGGAUAAAUCAGUUACCAUCAGCAUGGUGGUUCCAACUGUCCUGGACUUGAAUACACACCUCCUCAAGAUGGAGGAUACCAGAAUGCAGUGCCGGCCAGUAGUUAAGGCCCUCCGUCAGUCUCUGGUGAAAAGAUUCUCUGGAAUCUUUACCAAAACAAACAUGACCAAAGAGAGUGGAAGAGAGGAACCUUUUAGCCACAAUGUGUACUUCUUAGCUACCAUGCUGGAUCCACAGUUUGGCUUAAGUUGGGUGGAUCUGGAUGUUAACAAUGGGGGGAAUGCAACAUCAGUGAAGAAACUCUGAAAUGAACUGAAGAAGACAUUAACAGACACUUUGAACUCAGAGGUGGAGAAAAUAAGCAGUGAACGAGAAGCAACUGACUCAGAGGCCCUGAAUGUGGAUCCACCCAGUGAUUCGCCACCAGUCAAAUUCCCGCGCCUUCUGUCCCGCUACAAGGCUCACAAGAAGCGCAGUUCAACAACCCAGGAUUCAAGUAUUGAAACACAGAUAAGCAAAUACUUUGAUGUGAUCCAUGAUACAGAUACUGACACUGACAAUGCACUCUCCUUCUGGGCCAAAAACCAUGACAGAUACCCUCAACUCCACAAUCUGGCCAUGAAAGUGCUGUCGGUCCCUGCCUCCUCUGCACCAGUGGAGAGGGUUUUUAGUAGAGUCGGCAUUAUAAUGAGACCCCAUCAUGCACGUU